AUGAAAGAUAAGGAAGAAAUUCUUCACAUAGAUAAUCCGUCAAGGAGCAUACCAAACGUAGGUGAUGUUAGGCGUGAGGCAAUAGAGGCGAUUAACAAUUGGCAACGUGUAACUGCACUGCGUUUAGUGGAAGUUCGAUCUGAAGCUAAUGCUGACAUCCGAAUAAGUUUCGCGAUUGGUGAUCAUGGUGAUCCAUAUCAGUUUGAUGGAAAUGGAAGAAUUUUGGCACAUGCCUUCCCACCAGGUGAUGGUUUUGGUGGAGAUGUUCAUUUGGAUGAUGACGAAUAUUGGACGAAUAAAUUGACGGGCGAUCCAUUUUCUCAAAAAAUUAGCCUAAGAUCAAUCAUAAUGCAUGAAAUUGGUCAUAGCCUUGGCUUAUCGCAUUCCGAUCAAGAGGAUAGCAUUAUGUAUUCAUUUUAUCAAUAUGAUUUGGUGCCAACUCUCUCUUACGAUGACAUUUUUGCCAUACAGUCGAUAUACGGAAAACGUAAUGCUGAUCUACCGAGAUCGUAUCCAACUCGAACCACACUCAGUACUACACGAAAAUCAUUUCUCUCUGGAACCUACAGACCUAUCGAUUAUGGUCCAACAACUGCUACGGAAAAAGCAUUUCAAAUUCCCGAUCCAUGUCAUUCAAGUUUUGAUGCAGUUACUGCGAUAGGCCAAGAAUUAUUCGCCAAAGGUGAUACAACAAAUUUUGGUAGUGAGAAACCAUGGUAA